AUGAUGUAUUUUAAGGUUCGUGAUGUCCUUGAAAUUCCCAAGAAAACUGGGAAGUUUAAACUGGAUCGUGAAAAAUUAGAAGAUUUUGACGUGUUUGUUCAGUCGACAUCCUACAAUCGUAUUUUGGUGGCAGACUCGGAUUUCUUGUAUGAUACCGGAGAAGCUGAGGUGAAGGAUGAUGCUAGUGCACCCAGCACUUCAGCUGAAACAGGUUUGGAAAACUUUCACCAUAGGCAGCCCAGCAAAUAUAUGUAUUCAUUUAAAAAUGUGUUAAACACUUAAGAACUUUUGUCAGACUUUGCUGUCAAGCGAUUUAUUGUCUGGCUCAUUGUGUAUGCAGAUCUAUACAAUGAUGUGAACAUCCGAAUCUUGCUUGAUAGCAAAGUCAGACAUACUUUAUACUGUAUGCAUAUUUAAGCAUUUAAGGUGGCUCCCUACAGUUAUUCUUGUUUAAGCAAUAAUUCCGUAAAACAGGCUUAUUCGUGCAGAACGCGAAUUCUUUUCGACUUGGUGGCGUUAUUGGUCACCUAAGGAAUAUUUCGAACUAGAUUUCGACGAUGUCAAUGUUUCCAUGGCAACAUGACGACAGCAUAAAGCCUUCCAAUUUAACUCAUAAAUGUGCCGCUAUCUCAAAAACGAUGUCGGUGACCUAUCUUUUUUAUUUCAUAUAUCAAUAAGGAAUGAUGCUCUGCAACUGUGGUGAAAGUUUAAAAAAAUUCUGCAGUGUGUGAUUUUUUUAAAAGCGAAAAAUUUAUUGCGAAAUUUCCACACUACAGAUUUUUUUAAAAUUUGAAAUUUAUAAAAUUUACCGCAAAAUAAAUUCGUGGUCAAAAUUUGAAGAUAGGUCACCGAUGAAACUAAUGAGUAAAAUGCAAAUAAAGUUAGAAAAUAGCCUCGUGUAACUCGAGAAAUUCCCCUAUUGAAAAGCGUCGCUGACUAGUAAAAGAUUGUACGCGGGCGCAGAACGAGUUUUCAUUCAGCAAAAUCGAGCCGCAAUGUUGUUUUUACUGUUUUGUUUUUGUCAACUUUUCGAUUUAUUUGAGUGCUAUGGACAGCCAAGGAUUAUUGUGAAGGAUUAAAUCGAUGAAAACAAGGUUGAAGCUAAUUGAAUCCUGCCGUUUACUCAAUCUAUGAGCUGUAACAACCUAUUAACAGGUGGACGUGUUUUUUUGUUUCAUGUUUGGUUUUGUACUUUUUGCUAAAAAUGAACAAUUAGGCUAUGAAACUGAAAUAUUUUUCUGUUUACAUAUAAUCACUUUAAUCUUGUAGAAACACGACUAAAAACGUGAACGUUUUCUUGAGAAGUAAACAACUUUUUAAACGUUUUCUAUGCAAUUUUGCAAAUGUUUUACAGUUGAGUCAGUUGACAAUAUUGUUUCGUAGCUAUCUUUUGGUCUAGUGAUAUUCGUAUCAUAUGUAGAAUUGCUGUAUAGACUCGCAAGUGAUUUGGCACUCAAAACGAAGUAUUAUUCAACGCUUUUUUCCAUUAGAAACCUUUCAGAAAUAGCUUUAUUUUUAAAAAAAGCAUGGUCAAUUUUUGUUUUGUUUUGAUGAUGCAGUUGCGUGGGAUAGUUCCCGUACUUGUCCCGCGAACAUCCCGCACGGAACUGUAGGGAGCCUCCUUAACACAUUUUUAGUGAGUGUCAUAUACAUGUAUUUGCUGGGCUGCUUAUAAUGCAUUCACACCAUUUUAUUUUCUGCCAAAAAUGUAGUGUAAAUCUUAGCAAAAAUAUAAUGCUGUUAGCACAGUCCCUCAAACUGCUUCAAAAAAAUUAAGAUCAUGUACGUAUAGCCUCCUGUGAGCAAGACAGAUGCUUGCGGGUUGGAACAGUAGGCUGCAAAAGCCCAUGGGAAUGUUUCAUAUCAACAUGGGAUGAGUGACUGGGGACAAGUCAGUCCUGUUAGUACAUGACAGUUAAUUAUAGGCCUGGUAGGCUGUUGGGAUACUGUAGGAACGUGUCUUCAACGUUUUUAAUUGGAUGUAUGAAUGUAAUAGCUGAGUUGACCAGCCAAGUGAUUCCUCAACCAAGUGCAUGAUCUUAAAAACUUAAGACUUCGGUUAUCAAAACAAAUAUCUCGAUCCAUGUGUUGACAUGAUCAAAUUACAAUGUAAUUCUAUAUAAUUACCUCGAAGGACUUGCAAAACUUGUACAUUUCAUUCAUACAACACAAAAUAAUAUUUAAUACUAAUUAUUUUUGGUUAUCUUUCUUUAGGUACCAAAGGAAAAAGUGAAACACCUGUGAAAAGAGGUAGAUCUGCUAAAGACAGUGAAGAGGUAAUAAUGCCUUAAGACACGUGCAAACACGUGAUUUUAUACCUGAUAAAACACUUCUACUCCUGAUACUCGUGUUUUAAGUGAGGCCUAGUACUUAAAAUUAUGACACAGUGAUACAUGGGUUUAGAGCAAUGCAAGUGCAUUUUGUUAAUACAUGCUGUUAGCUGGUGUAUGGUCACCUUGAUACUGUAUUUGAUAGAGUAUAUAUUUGUAUAAAGUACUGUGAUACAAUAUUUAACUUUAAUCAUGCACUUGUAUCUGGAUAAUAUAUAUGUAUUUGGGGGGGGGGGACAGUAUGCAGGUAAUGGCGUAUGCAAAUUACAAUACAAUACAAUAAACUUUAUUUAACGAGGGUAACACCAAUUAAAAACGUAUUCUCCCUAGUGGCCCUCAAAUUAUGUGGUUGAAAUGAUUUUCAGCAACUGCAUCUCUCUCCUCAAUAAUAUUUUAUUCUCAACAGGCAAUGAAGAUGGAGAGAAAGGCGAUGAUAAGAAAGGGGAGCCGGCAGGACCAUCUCCCAGUAAAAAGCCAAGACCAGCUGCGUCAUCUGGGACAUCUGAUGUGAAAGAAAUUGUGUUUUCUUUUGAUACAACAGGUUCUAUGUAUCCGUGUCUAACUCAGGUGAUGAUCAGCCCAUGUGCAAUAUAACCAGCAUUUCUAAGAAUAUUCUGGUGAAAAUUUAAGAGGGUCACGCGAAGAAUUCGUUGCUUAUUUCGGUUUUCUGCUGUUUUCUGCUGUAAAUCAAAGUUUAGAAUCACAAUCAAAUGAAUCAAAUGACAAUUAAGUAAGGGAAAUGGGCAAUGUUAGCUUUGGGUUUUUUCUGCUCUUAGUACAGAUUUACUAAAACAAUGAAACAAAGUUCCUACGCGGUUGCCUGCAUAAUUGGCGAUUUUAAGGGGUUUCGGAGGUGCGGUUAGCCAAUGCCAAAGUUGUUACUUGUAAACUAAAGCAAUUAUACAGUAUCUACGGACGGUGUUGUAAAGUUCAAAUGAUGAAUAAAUUGACACUUCCCAUCUUGCAGAUAACAAUGUUGAUUUCUUGCAAUAUUCUAGGUUCGACGAAAGGUUGCAGAGACGAUAAGACGUGUUUUCCAAGAUAUUCCCAACAUUAGGGUAGCAGUGUUUGCACAUGGUGAUUAUGAAGAUAAAACCACCACAUACGAUACAAAAUGGGUAGAUUUCACUACCGACGAAAGCAAACUAUGUACGUUUGUAAAUGAUGUAUCUGCAACAUGUGGAUACGAUUUUGAAGAAUGCUACGAACUUGUAUUAAGACAGGUAUGUGUAUAUGUUCUUUUAAUUUGUUGUAUUUCUUUUUUUGUAAUUCGUCCAUGUACUGUUGUCUGACUUGUCUAUACAUGAGUAUAGUACGUGCAAACACUGAAUGCUCAUGCACAUCAAUAGACCUUAUGCAUAAUGACGUCACAAGGCCUGUUCAAUUCAAAAUGGCCACUAUUGAAAUUUUCCCGGGCGAUGACUACUAAGACCAGCAUUCCUCGCGGGCAUCAAGCCUUGUGUCAUCAUUAUGCAUAAGGUCUAUUAAACUGUAAUUGAUAGUUCAAUGGACUGUUUAUUGCACUUGUGACGUGUGCGCAUACGCGCGAUUUAGCAUAGUUAUUAACCUCUUCUGAAUAUAGUUCGUUUUUUACUCGGGUAACAGACUCUUGCCCCAAUGGCCUUGUUUUCAUGUUGCCGCGUGAAUAGCGCAGAGAAACAUAUUCGUGCACGAAACAUGGGGACAUACCUAUAUAUAACUUUCAUGUGCGUCUGCUAUAGUGCAAUUAACAGUAAAGUCUAUUGAAUGAUGUGUUUCAGAAAUCGGCACAAACAGCAGAUGGUUAGCCUGCGAACAGGCUCUCAAGCAGAAUUGAGAGCCUGCAUCGGUGACUAAUGAAUUUGAAUAUCUGCUCCGUAACGUUCGUUUUUCCAAAUAUGGAAUGUCUAUCCUAAUAUGGUGUUGUUUACAACUUUCGUGCAAACUAAAUUCAGACCGUGCAAACUAAAUUUAGACCGUACAGUUUAUACUGUUUUUCGAAAUAUAAGAUAUUCAAGCAAAAGUUCAAAUGUUUUAAAUACUGUUUUCUCAAAACAGAACAUUUCGUGCUUUGAGAUAAGAUGGCCAAGACCAAUUUGAUCAGUUAAUGUGUUUUUUAUGCAUAGUGCUUCAGCAGUUGAUAUAUAUAGAGCUCAGCGGAAACAUAUAAAUUAUAGCAUCUGACCAAUGAGAAUUUCGCGUCACGAUUUGAGACGCAGAUAUUCAAAUUCAUUAGUCAUCGCUGCAGGCUCUCAAUUCAGCUUGAGAGCCUGUUCGCAGGCUAGCAGAUGGUGGGAGCAAGCAACUUAUAUGACACCACAUCUGCUGCAAAAUAGUGCACAGUCAAAGUCAUUACAUUGUGGUAGAGUUUCGUUUGGUUUAGUUUUCAAGAUUCAAAACUCUGAAAUACAAACAUGUUCUCGGCUCCUCCAUAUAGGCAACUCUGUAGUUCUGCAACGUUGAAUUAUGUUCUCAAGAAGUCUUAAUUCUUAUCAAUAACUAAAGAUUUCUUCUCAGGGACGUAGGAAAUACAAGGAAAUAUGAUAUUAUAGUGAACAAGAAACGUAAAUUGAAAAGCCCUGGAGCGAAGUAUAUUGUGGAUUAUUUAGGAAGUGGAAAAAAAGACAAUUAGAUAUAUCCAGACUAUUUCACCAACGUUUUAAUCUUUAUUCUCUCGUGUAGGUCAGGACAGAGCUAUCAUGGACUCCUAAUUCCCAGCGUUCUGUGGUGAUGAUAGGAGAUGCUCCUCCUCAUGGUCCUGGAUAUCACCUGAAUACCCUCAAGAUCAACUGGAAAGAUGAAGCAAAGCAGUUGUAUGAAGAUAUGAAUGUUCAUAUUUAUGCCGUUCAAGCUUUAGGCAACAGUUCCUCGACAUCAUUUUACAGGUAAUGGUUUAACACUUUCAAAGCAGAUGUUGAACAGACCUGGAGAAACGUAGGAUCUUAGGAUACUGCAGGGCCCAGUUGUUCAAAAGCCAGUUAGCCUAAUCCUUAACGAAGAAUUUCCAAGCAAACAUUCCAACAGCUUGUUGAAAAAGAAGGAAAUAUUUAUCCAGUUAUCUUGUCUGGAUCGACAUAAGUUUUAUUUUCUGAAAAUUUGAAGUAAAUAGGCAUGCAGGAUUUUAUUCUACAUUUCUUGCAGAAAAUAAAAUGCCAGGAAUGCACAAACCACAACAGCAGGUUAAAUUUUAACCCAGGGUCAGCGCUGGGCGAGCUCUGAACAACCGACCCAGAUAUCAAACACUUUUCGCAAGACCAGUGCACUGAUUGUAUAUUAUUUCUUCUUGAACUGGAUGCAGAAAAAAGAAUGAGUCUUUACAUUUACUAAAAAGCUAGUCUACAUAAAUAUCUAUUUUCACGUGUUCGGUUAUUUCUAUGUUUUCCUGAUGAAAAGCUCUAAAAAUACAACAAUCAAUCAAUUUCAUUCAGUCAACUGGCGAAAAUCACAUGUGGAUGGCAUUUAAAACUCGAUCAAUUUGCAUCAAUCGUGGACUUCCUGACCGCAAUCUGCUAUCGUGAACAAUCGAUGGAACAACUACAAGCAUUCGAGGAGGAAGUAAAAGGACGUGGCAAAGGUUUGUUUCAAAUAAUGCAUGCAUAUUAUAUCAAUCCUUCCGUUAAGCCAGGUUUCCAUAUAUGGUAUAGCUGUCGUAAAGAUUGAGCCACGAUCUCAAUUCUCAACUACAGUAAGUACAAUUAGAGUGACUAUUACAAUAGUCAAUAGAGAAUACUUGAUUUAUAUAUGAUUAUAAUCUGGCUUUUGAGAAAGAUCGUGAUUCUGUUAUUACGACCGUUAUGACCAUAUGGAAACUACCUGGCUUUACAGUCGCCAAUAAAUAAACUGCCUGUUCUCGCUCGAAGCUUCAACGUUUGCCACCGACUGUUUGCAAAGUGUCAAUAAACAUGAAUCGUAGCUAAUCUGAUUAAAAUCUGCCAAAUGCUCUUGACAAACAUGACAGUUCCAUGCGAGCAUAUUUUUUUAUUUGCGAACUUGCGCUCCUCCUUAAUGGGAGCGACGAUAUGUACAAUAAAUGGUAAAAUGAGGUAGAAACAAGAGGCAGUUAUUUUCCAUAAGAGUUUAAAUAUUUAAAAGUUUUGAUUUGUGGGAACUCCACGUUCAUUUAUUAUUGCAAAGCUUCCCUUUAUCUGUGCGAAUAAAAGCUUACGGAUCGAUAUCAAUAAAUAUACGUGGUGUUAACACAAACCAAAACUUAUCAUUAUUCACCAUGCAAAACUACCAAAAAUGCUUUCCAGUUGUUCAGCGUUUUUCACUCGUGUGUGUACACACGGAAAAGUUUAACUCCUUUUAAUUGAAUAACUAAUUGAAUAAAAGUACAGAAUUUAGUUUUCUGUAUAAUUGAAUGUGUUUUUGUUGAGGUGGUUAGUACUAUAUAACAUAAGUUAGAAAGAUUAAAACUUUUCCGUGGGUACACGAUGGAAAACGGCUGUAGCUGGAACGUCUAUCGUCUGUAUUCUAAAAGCUCACUCACGCUCACACUCAAAGAGUGGAGGUUCAAUUUGAGCUUCCCUUGAGUGCCAGUUCUGUUUUUGAAUUGCUUGAUGGUUAGUUUCGUACCUUACUAAGUGACUACUCACCCUCCAGUUAUUCACAAAUAUUGAACCUGCACUCUUUGAGUGUGUGCGUGAGUGAGCUUUUAGAAUACGGGCGUAAGUAUUUGUUUUAUCCACAGGUUCCGGUAUGAACCGUUCACUACAUGCACUCUUCGACACACUUGCUGGACGAGAAAUAUCAACUUACAAAGAAACUGCAUCAUGUGAUCUGGUACCUAUCAGUCCAUCUCGUUUCCAAAUACUUGAUGUAGAUGAGCGUGUCGAUAUUAAGACCUUUGUUCAACGCAACAGUCUAAUAUUCCGUACAGGACGAGGUUUCUAUGAAUUUACGAAACCAGAGAAGAUUUCAGAUAAGAAGGAGGUUGUGUUGGUCGAUAAAGUCUCCGGUGAUAUGUACACAGGAGCCGAGGCAUGCAGAAUGAUAGGCGCUGGCGGUGCAGGAAAGGUUAAACCCACUGAUCUCGAGAAAUGGCGAGUUUUUGUUCAAAGUACUUCAUAUAAUCGGGUACUGAUGCCAAAUACUGGAUUUCUCUACGAGGUCGAUCCAGACCACUAACCUACGUGGUGAAUAAUCAGGUAUGAAGGUUUAUUCCUAAAUUACUCCUGAAAAUAAUAUGCCACAUCGCAAAUCUAUCUAUUAUUACAACAGAUCAUAAAUUUAGUUAAUUGGUUAGAACUCAAUAGUAACAACUUUAAAUUAAGACGGGGAGAAUCUCCACUUUGCCCCAGCCCCACAUCUCCUCCCUUCUCCCUAUUCAGUAGAAAGUCUCAGAUUUCAUUUUGAGACAAGAUUUUCAAUUUGCAUAUCACUAGUCACGCCACAUAUUUCUGACACUACUGCCUCUUGCAAAUGAUGACCAUAAAGAAUAUGGUACACUUUGGACUGAAGGAACCAAACGCAAUGUACUAACCAGUGAACUGUGCCACCUCAUACCUCAACUGAACUGCACAGUUAACCACGCCUAAUAAGUACUGUUGCACAUGAUAUAAAAUUGCUUUACAUCAACCUCGUGCCCUUCUUGAAAAAUCUCUUCUUUUGCAGUUUGUUUUACGUGGCACCAACAUUGUUAUCUUCAAGACAUCCUACUUCCACAAAGAGGUACCGGAAGGCUGCCAGAAAUUCAGCAAUGCAAUGUAUGGCAGUUGGACAGAAUGUUUUAGAAUGUGAACGAUUAUUUCGUAUUUUCCAACCGUUGCUUCGAAUCACUAGAAUUCUAGAUUUCUAACAAGCAAUUGGAGACAGACGUCUAAUGGAACAACGUUAAUUUUUAAUGAAUUGUAGUGAAUUAUACAUGUUUUUAUUUGCACAAAUAUAUAUUACCAAGUGGUUUACAGUAAAUUUAUCUUCACACCAGUUCCUUGCAGUAUAUUAUAUGCUACCAAAUAAUCUAUAGAUGUAUAUUACAUAACCCCAUUUAUACAUAGACCAUUAAUUCACUGGCACCGGGGGGAGACGACCCCCAGACGGAGGUCUGUUUAUAGUUAGAUUUUCCAGAUCAUGAAUUUGUUCACGUAACUUUCUUAUUUCAUUCUUUUGAAUACUAAUGAUUUUCUCUAAAUCAUCGGCUGUACUUUCCCUGGAUGUGGUGUUCUUUCUUGGAGGUGCUGAUUUAACUCCCUGCCCACCACUCCCUUGUGUCCGACGCAUCACUCCGAGAGCUGCUUCGAGGUCGUGUACUUGCGUGCGGGCGAUUUUUAAUUCUCUGCGAAGAUCAUUAAUUUCUUUGAUAAGCGUAACAUUUUCCUGCAAGAGAAGACGAGAGUACAU